AUGUGUCCAACAGCAGAUCACGGCGCCUUCAAGGGAAGGGGAGGCAAGCCCGAAGUUAGACUAGAAGCAAUUUGUGACUUCGAUAUGUAUAUCUGGUGGCUAUACUUUGGUACAGCUGGUGCGGCAAACGAUUUAUCUAUUGUUUCCGAGUCGCCGUUAUUCAAUGCGAUUCGCGCCGGGUCAUGGCCACCGCAGAGGUCGCAAGGGAUCGUGGAGGGCCUAUCGUUGACGUGGUACUAUUAUCUAGUCGAUGGGAUAUACCCACGAUUUAGAAUUUUCGCCCCUCCGCUACCAUAUUCAACAACUGCAAAGGGCAAGUUAUAUUCAAAGAGGCAAGAAGCAGAGCGCAAGUCUGUGGAAAGGCUCUUCGGAGUUCUUUUCAAGAGAUUCAAUAUUCUCUUUCAGCCAUCUCGCCUUUAUCGAAAAGCGGACAUGCGGGCAGUUGUUCAAGCCUGCGCUAUCAUACAUAAUAUGGUAGUUGCUGCCCGCCGUGAUGGAUACGCGGACCCUAUAAUGCGCGUAGAUGCGGAUGCCAUGCGUGUGGUAAGACCUCAGCAGCCUGCCAGCGAAGCUGAGCUGCGGGAGUUUUGGGAAACACACGUGGAUGGAACCGAUGAUCUCCAACAGCAGCAAGCUCUUCUUGAGGCUCUCCAAGAUCAUAUAUGGCGAGUCUCUGGGGCAGACUCGUAGUGCGUAGCAGAAAUAAAGCGAUCUUGACAGCG